UCAAUCAUAGACUACAUAUAUAGAACGUAACAAAAUAAAAAUUGAGAUAGGUCAUCAGGUAAACCGGACGCAAGCAGCAGAACCAUAAAAGUCGAAAGAUAAUUCGAUGAAUUUCGAUUAUCGAAAGAUGCGAUAGAUAGUGCGUGCCGGUGGUACUCGGAUUUCGAUCGAAUCGACGGGAGCGGCGGGAGAGGACGGACGGGGAACACGAACCGUGUUUCAAAAUAGUCGAAUAAUUUGAAUGUACGAAUGCGAUGUGUACACGUUCGUUGGGGAUACAGCAAGAUACGGGACACAUUUUUGACGUCGUUCACGCGACAACGUUGCCAUGCGAGUAUCGAUUCGAUGAGUUGGUCGCGGGUCGCGGGUCGCGAUCCGUCGAAACGGCUCGCCGUCCGUCCGAGUUUCUCCGAGAAUUGGCGAGACGACGCGCGACCUCCCGACGUUCCGACAUUCCAGCCACGGUUUCCACGAAUUUUCCCAUAUCAUUGUUUUGCCCGAGCCAAGAAACAUUGAAACGCCGAUUGAAAAUUGGACAUUCGGACAAUCGGAGAAAGGAGAACGUGCGAAAGGUAUGAAAUCGUAGGAGAAGGGAGAGAGGCGAAGAAAGUAUGGGAGAGAUCAGCGGGAGGAGAAGGAGAAGGAAAAGCAAAAGGGAAGCGAAGGGAGAAGGUCGCUGGACAGGGAGUAAAGGGUUGGAAAGGCGUUCGCUGGAGAAGCGGUCCACGACGAGGGGUUGACGGCUCGCACCGAUGCGAGCGCUGGCCGACGGAAGCGCACGUUAUGCGAAACGAAAGCACGAGAGGCAUUGUAUCGAGAUGGUGCUCGGCCGAGAACGCGUUCGUCACGCCGGAACGCAGGAAGUAUAGGCGCGUGCACGGGCUUCAGCUUCCUCUGCACCCGCAGCAAGUGAUCGGUUGGAUCGUGAUUCUGGUGAUCGGAAUAAACACGUUCGCGGUGCUGACGCCGCAGCUGGAGCCGAGCCUGCGGCCCGUUCUUUCCUCUUUGAUCGCGGUCAUCUUUUUCGCGCACUUUUGCUCCCACCUGACCGUGCUGCUGUUGGACCCGGCGGACCCCAGGGUCAGGGCUCAGCCAGCGAACAAAGUCCUGCCGGAGUUCGACAGAACGAAGCACGCCCGCGUGAUCGAGAACGGCCGAUGCCACCUCUGUAACAUAACCACCGACAGCAAGAGGACCAAGCACUGCUCGAUAUGCAACAAAUGCGUCGCCCGGUUCGAUCACCAUUGCAAGUGGCUGAACAACUGCAUCGGAGCUAGGAACUACUCGGCGUUUCUCGUCUGCCUGAUAUCCGCGAUCCUGGCCAGCCUGUCCGUGGCCGGGCUCUCCGCCACGGAGUUGACGCUGUCGUUUCUCUUCGAUCGAGAAACAGACGUCUACGCUAGAAUGGAAAACGCGACAACUGCCUCGACCGCUACCACGGUCCUGCAUCGAGCCGCCCUCGCGAUAGCCCCCGUCUCCGACACCGUCUCGAUCCUUUUGAUCUCCACGAUCGGAAUCCUCUCGGCGAUCGCCGCCAUACUCCUGAUUCACCUGUGCUUCUUCCACGGAUACAUCGCCUGUCUCGGCUUGACCACGUACGAGUACGUGCGGAACAAACGCGCGAAACACGCUGUUGCCACGGCGACCGCAACCGCGACUGCAGCAGCCGCGACGAACGCGGCAACGGCGACCGCGACCACCACGGUCACCAAUAAUAACAAUGGAAUAUCGAACGUCGACGUGAACGCGGUCGAGAUCAACAGAUAUCCGUUGAACCGACGCGAUCGAGCCAGACUGGAAACGGACUUGCAACCUCGCGUCCUCGACAGACGCACAGACUCGGACGAGAACGAGUUGGAUCCGGCAACCAUGGAAACGAGGGUCCGUCCGCGGAACGACCAACGGAAGAACUUCCGGCUUUGCUUCUCCUACGAGAUCGAGUCGAUCGCGAACGAAACCUCGAUAGAAUUCUCGUCGAGAGGAUCGUCCGGGGCGAAGCGAAACCAGUCGACCAUCGUGUUCCGAGACUCGGUCGAUCUCGUCGGUUCGUCGACGCCUUCGCCGGUCUCUUGUUGCUUCGCUGCCGCGAAUUCGUUGGCCACUCGCUGCCGGUCCACCAACAAAGCCGACGCCGCGAAGAAACGACAGACUACCGCCGGUAACGACACCGGCGGCGCUGGUCAGCCGGCGACGAACUCUUGCGAGGCCGUUGAGAGAAUAGGGAAAUUUCUCAGAACGUACUUACGAAGGAGCGGUCGACGGCGAUCGUCUAAUUCGGACGCUGCUCGUUCGAGCAAAAGCAAACCGGCUUCCGCGCGAUCGCAGGUCGAUACGAGCCCGAAACAACGGUCGCCCGUGUCUAGUACCGACAGCGACGUCCACAGAGAUGCCUACGUCAACACCGACAUCGACGCCGUCGCUGACAUCGUCCAUGUCACGAGGUCCGUCGACGGCAACGGAUUGCGAGCUUCUGUUAAAUUUCCACCGCGUUCGUCGGAGCGUCAUGUCGAGCAGAUUCUGAUCCCUCAGCCGAGGAAGUUGUCGAACCUGUCGACCCUGAAGAGGUCCGCGGGCCACGGCCACGCUCGCACCCGACGUACCUGCUCCUUCCGGAAGAAGCCGAGGCUGAAGAUGAACUCGCGCGUGGCUCAGUCCAUACAACUCUCGCCGAUCCUGGAGUCGGGCUUGUCGAAACCCGCGUCACCGCGUUCGCCUCGAUCGCCACUUUCCAUUCGGUCGCCCUGCUCUCCCUGUUCCCUGCAGUCGCCACGAUUCGCCCGCUCCUCGCCACCUCGGUUCGAUCGGUUCGCCUCAGCGUCGUCGGGCAUGACGUCGGUUACAGCGAAACCGUUCGCGGACAAUCGUGCCGACGAGCCCGCGGCUGAGAACGUCUGGGAAACUGUGCUGGGAUCCCCGCGGUACGUGGUCGCGCCGAUGGUCGACGCCAGCGAACUGGCCUGGAGAUUGCUGAGUCGACAGCACGGUGCUCACCUUUGUUACACGCCGAUGCUUCACUCCUCGGUUUUCCGCAGAGACCCGAAAUAUCGGCGGGAAGCUCUAGCUAGCAGCGGGGAGGAUCGGCCGUUGAUCGUGCAGUUUUGUGGUAACGAGCCGAACGUGUUGCUGGAGGCGGCGCUUUUAGCUGAGUCCUACUGCGACGCAAUAGACGUAAACAUAGGUUGUCCACAGGCUAUUGCGAAACGCGGUCGCUACGGUGCCUUUUUGCAAGAUGACUGGGACUUGUUGCGGCGAAUCGUGAGCACUUUGAGCAAGGGACUUCGAGUACCUGUGACCUGUAAGCUGCGAGUAUUUCCAGAAAUCGAGAAAACGAUACAGUACGCCCGCAUGCUCGAAGCCGCAGGAGCGCGAUUGCUCACCGUACACGGACGUACCAGAGAACAGAAAGGACCGUUGACUGGUUUGGCCUCUUGGGAUCACAUUAAAGCUAUCAGAGAAGCUGUUACGAUUCCGGUGUUUGCCAACGGCAACAUUCAAUGCCUACAAGAUGUCCAGAGGUGCAUAGAAGAAACCGGCGUGCAGGCCGUGAUGUCGGCGGAAGGAAAUCUUUAUAAUCCGUACAUAUUCGAGGCUUGUUAUCCGGCCAGCUGGGAACCGGCGCUCGAAUAUUUAGAACUGGUGGAACGGUACCCUGCCCCGGCUUCUUACGUCCGCGGUCACCUCUUCAAAUUGUUCCAUCACACACUUUCUUUACCAGAAAAUAAAGAAGAAAGGGAAAACUUGGCACGAAACUCUACCAUGGAAUCGUUUAGAAGCGUCGUGUGCGCUCUGAGAGAUCGUUAUUUGCCCUACCAUGAAGGCCGUCUCGCGUGGCACGAACAAACCAACGACUACAAUUUGAAGCUACCACCGUGGUUGUGUCGGCCUUACGUACGCAGUUCCCCGGAAGAAAAAGAGUCGUCGUUGUCAACUUCUGAGACGGAUGAUACCGCGAAAAGAAAAUUCACAGACGAGGAUGGAAAUGAAGUAUCACGGAAACGUUUGAAAAAACUUAGACGAAUCGCACGGCGUCCCAACAGGCCAACAGUUGUCGUGAAGAGAGGGUCCAAUUUGUGUGGCGAUUGUCCGAAUCCAGUGGGUUUCAAAUGCAUUUACACGUUGUGCAGGCAGUGUUGUAGAAACAAGUGUUUCACAGAAAAUUUGGACUGCGUCGGACAUAGGAAUUUAACUAAAACUAGAAGACAGAUGGCAAUAGAUUUCGCUGCGAAGAGAAAAACUAUCGACGAUGCGAUAUCGCUUAGCGAAUAAUAAAGAACCUACGUGAAAAAAAAUAUGCGCGUUACGUUUGUGUUCUCGUACAGUGUACAUCAUACGCGAAUAAAAAUUAGUGUAACGUUUCAUCAAUCGUAUCGAUGUUAGGUAAACGUAUGAUCUUGUAACAAAUAACUAUUUUUAUUUACACGUUAUUCUAUUUUACAAAAUACUUUUGAUGCACCUCAUCGAUCAUCAAACGAUCGUUCCACAAAGACUUAUGUUUCUAAAGUCAGUAUCAACGAUACAAAUUCGACUAGUGUUAUUGUCUUAAACGGUCCAGGUCGUCGUUCCGAUUAACUUCGUUAACAACGAGUACAAAUCGUUCUUCUUUUCUUCGUUGAUUAGAGUAUCCUUUUGUGUGUUUUCACUGAACCAGUGUUUUUUGUUUAUGAGUAGGAGAAUCAUAAGCGUCGGCAAAUGAAUUAGCGAGAAGCGGAACAGCUUUCGCGAACUUCCACUGUCAGAAUGCUUAUAAAAAUUUCGUGCUACAAAAGGAGAAACGACGGUGACGUAUACAGAUGUAUGGGUACAAUCGACAUUAAUAUAAUAUCGUAGACGUACCGAAGUAAAGGAAACAGGCGUUGAGAGGUGUCGAUUCCACGGCAAACCACCAGUUGGUAACGUCAAACAUGGGCGCCAAGUAACAAAGAACCGUUAAUAUAGCAGUAUAACGUAACGCUGUUUUACGACAUAAUUUGGGAUCCGUAACGGCCAUCAUUCUGUAACCAGCUCGAGAGUAAUCUGGCCGCAAGUUCCACGACAGAGCGUUGAAAUGGGGAAACUGCCACGCGUAUAGCAUACCAGACAUGAUCCAGGCACCGGGUAAGGCUAUGUCACCGACACAAGCUGUCCAACCCAUUAGCGGUGGUAUUGCUCCAACUGAAUAGACAAGGUGCGUCUUUGAUUAAAGUACAAUCAAGUGAUUUUCAAUAAACUUAUUUCACAAUUAUCAUAAAAGGAUACCCUAUCACUGUCGAACUUACCAAUUGAUCCUAUCCAGGUAUUCAGUAUACUAACACGUUUCAUAGGAGUAUAAAUUAAAGUAUAGAGAACCAGAUUGGUUGCUCCCAAUGCCGCGGUCAGACCGUUAACUUCGCUAUAUAAUAGAGAUAAUCCGCAAAUACCGGAUAUUGUUGCAAAUGUUACAGCAUGCGCCGGCCUGAAGGAAAAUAUAUUUGAAACCAAUUUCGUUGAUACUAAGUUCACCGCUAUACUAUACUUACGUCAAAUGGCAUCUAACUAAUACUCUGUUUUUGGUUCUGGACAUUUGUGCAUCAAAGGGAACUUCGAAAAAUUGAUUGAUGGCAUUUGCCGUAGCCGAAACCAAUCCAGUUCCAACAGAACAUGCUACAAACGUAUAAGUGUCGAAAGAUCCAGGGGCUAAUAUAUAUCCUGCCAUGGUAGUCACAACAACCAGUGCUGCAAUUAAUAGACUCUAUGUAUACUGGCACAAAGUAGAUUAAAAAUAGAAGUUAUAAAUA